UGUUGUUACGUGCCGUGUACCUAUCGACUGAAACCCUAAAACAGUUCAGCCUGUCUUUCCUUCCUUCUGCCAAAAUAUACGAGCUCGAACACUGCUAACUGCAGAGCAGCUAUUAAUCUCACUUGCCAUUGAGAUUUAUCCCUGUUUAGUAAUUGACUUCCCAAGCACAUAAGCGGUUUCUGAUAUGUAGAAAAACAGAGUGAAGAUUGGAUAACAAUGCUGCCACAGCGCAUGAAGAAGGCCAUUACGGAUAAUCCAAAGAAGCUUGCCAACUUGAUUGACCUUGUAAAUCUUCCAUCAACGCUCAGAGACUUUGUGGGUCAGUCUCAGAUUUCUCGUCUAGGCUGUUUCAUGCAUGUCUGGUCCUACAUCAAGACCAACAAUCUGCAGGAUACAAACAACAAAAAUGUGGUCAAUUGUGAUAAAAAGCUGAAGGGUAUUUUGUUGGGCAAGCCUCAGGUUGAGCUAGCUGAACUUCCAGCAUUGAUCAAAUUGCAUUUUCCUAAAGAGCCAAAGUAAGAUGUGCAAUUGAGUUUAAGUUGCCAAUGUUCCGUCUUCCCCCAAAGUAUUCCCCUCCUCCAGAUGCUCCUGGAAAAAAGAAAAAGAAAAAAGAAGGUGCUUCUUGUUGUACAGAAUUAAUUGAUGAGUUUAUCCAUGUUUUAGUUUGUGGCUGGUUUUAGCGUCAAUUGUAGUUACUUCAUCCGGAGCAUUGAAAUGAAUCUGAAGCAGCUAAUGUUUUUAUUUGUGAAUGUGAAAAUCCCAUAUCUGUAUUGGGGAAAUUGUUGGGAAAA